AUGGAAAUACUACAUGGUGCAGCAGAUUUAUCUCCUGAAUAUAUACAAAAGUAUCUUAAAAUAUCAUCUAUGUACGCGGAUACAAGUAACACAAUGGAUGCAAAAUGUAUGUAUGGAUCUGAUGCUCAAGAAUACCAUGUCGAUCUUAUUAAGAGGGAAGGUACAGAUUGUUAUAAACGCCCUGAUACAUCACAACUGUACUAUGACAAUCAUUUUCAACAGUUGAACCAAGUUAAUGCACCAACACUGGAUCACAAUUGUCACACAGCUACUGUCGUCAAAGCGCAGUGCGACGAUUCCUAUGCACGAUUUGAAUUAAAUAAAAGUUUUCCGUCAUCCUUAUACGAUGAGAAACUCAGUUGUUAUUUGUCAAACAAGUCUUUUACUGAAUCCAAAUUUAAUUUAACAGCAGAACAAAAACAAAUAUCAAGAGAAAAAUCAUCAAGAGCACGAAAAAAUCAAACUGGCAAUACUAGCAAUAAAGAUCAAAUCGUUCAUGAAACACCCGAUAUUGAAGAAUUGAAACAACAUGAAGAAGCACUCGUUCGACAAUUAGAAUUAUUAGCUUCACAGAUGGGUGCUAAUGACGACAAGAAAAAUAACGAUUGUCAGUAUCUACAAGGUCAUUCAACAUCAGCGUGUCACCGACAGCAUCGUAUAGAAGGUUCGACCGCCUUGUACCGUUUCUUAUUACGAUCAUCAAAACUUGAAUCAAUUGUACAACGUGAUAGAACAUUAUCUUGUGGCGUAUGCAAAGAUUAUGCAACAGGCGUACAUUAUGGUCUUCUAACAUGCGAAGGAUGUAGAGGAUUUUUUAAACGUACUAUUCUGAAUGGACGAAAAUUUCGUUGCCGUUCACAUGGAAAUUGUGUUAUCAAUAAAUUACAACGUAAUCAUUGUAAAUAUUGUCGAUUUCAAAAAUGUUUAAUAAGUGGUAUGAUGAUCGGUGCCGUACGAUUAGAUCGUGUGCCUAGUAGACGAAUACCAAAUAUCGUACCAUAUUUCUGUCAGUAUAAAAAUGGGCAAGCAUAUCCUCAAACUAUAUCUCCACAACAUAUUGAUUCAUCGAUGGUUGUUGGAGAUGAUAUAAUGACAACUUCUGAUUUAAAAUCAACAAUGGAAGAAAAACUCAAUUCAUCUUUUUCCUUUCCAUCCACAUAUAAAUGGGAAACAUACCGUUUUGAUCAAUUAUCAACUAAAGACAUUAUGUGUGAUUUAUUAAAACAAUUAUUGGAUGUUAACAACAGUGAAAAUUUGUCACUAUCAAUAAAAAAAACAUGCAAUUCAAUGACUGAUCAUUUUAUUAUAUGGUACAAAGAUUUACCAUUUUAUAAACAAUUAUCAGAUAAUUUAAAUAAUCUAAUAUUACGAGAUAAAUGGGCUGAUAUAUUGGUUUUCUUUGUUAUUUAUUUCUUAUCAAUUACAAUUAGUGUACCAUCUCUUCUGUUAUUCUAUAAUGAACAUCCAAAACGUUUAUCAAAAUAUUUAAACAUUGAGAAAAAGGCAAACACUGNAAUGACUGAUCAUUUUAUUAUAUGGUACAAAGAUUUACCAUUUUAUAAACAAUUAUCAGAUAAUUUAAAUAAUCUAAUAUUACGAGAUAAAUGGGCUGAUAUAUUGGUUUUCUUUGUUAUUUAUUUCUUAUCAAUUACAAUUAGUGUACCAUCUCUUCUGUUAUUCUAUAAUGAACAUCCAAAACGUUUAUCAAAAUAUUUAAACAUUGAGAAAAAGGCAAACACUGACAUCUACGGAAUGGAAGAAAAUCAAUACACUCGAUGUAUCAUUGAAAAAUUUGUUGAAAUUGUUCAUUUAGCAAUAAAUUGUAAAUUAACUGAUGUAGAAGUUGAAUCAAUCAGUAUUCUACUUGUCGCUAAAUACGAUGAAGUAAUGUUGAACAAUAUUGAUAGAAAUGAAUUAGCUUCAUUAGAAAAUUCUUAUUUGGAUAUAUUACAAGCCUAUGAAGCCAACACUUUUUCAGAGCAACCAGUGCGUAUGACACAAAUGUUAUUAUUAUUUAGUCAAAUAAGACAGGUUUCACAAUUAUUAGUUACAAACAAAAUGUUCUUUUUGCCGUUCUUAUUAAUUCCAACAUCUAUCUAA